AUGGAACCUAGAAAAGCAUCCUCUUCGACUUCGGGCUUCUUCCAGGCCCUCCCGAUAGUGCCGCCUCAAUAUACAUCUCCCUCGACAUCCCCCUCAGGCACAUCUUCGCCUCACGAACUAUCAGACGACCCCGUGCUAGCACGGAUCCUGUCUCUCUACCUCCCCAGCCCGAUCCCAGCACAGAUAUCAAGCCAUCUGCACGACUUUUCCCGUCUCGUUCUCCGACCAUCAACCCUCCAACACACCAUCGACUGCGACAUUGACCCGCCGACGAUCCGCCCUCUGACCACCUUCGGCGAGGAGAAUAGAGUCGAUUCUCUGCGCACGAGCGAAGGCUGGCGGGAGCUCAAGAAGAUCCAGACGCCCGCCGGCGUGGUGGGACACGGGUAUCCUCAUCCCCAACAUGGCGCGCCUGCCCAAAACUUCAACCGCCGCACCCACCAGUACGGGACUUUGCAUCUCUGGCACGGCACGGCUGCAGUGUCGACCUGUCCCAUGGCCAUGACGGACGGGGCAGCCGUCUUGCUCCGCCGGCAUUUCGACGACCCAGACGGCGAUCAACCGGGCCGGGCGGCCGUGUUUCGCGAGAGCUACGACCGCCUGGUCUCGCUGGACAACAGCUACGCGUGGACGAGCGGGCAGUGGAUGACGGAACGGAGCGGCGGGAGCGACGUGCGUGGCACCGAGACCGUGGCGCGCCGGCUCACCGCACAGGAAAUCCAAGCCGACGUGGCCACAGGACGGGACAAAGAUGACCACAACCUGCCCUUGGGGCCCUGGCUCGUCGACGGCUUUAAAUGGUUCUCCUCGGCCACUGACGCGGACAUGGCCGUCCUCCUCGCCCAGACGGCCAAGGGCCUCAGCGCAUUCUAUGCCCCGCUGCGUCGUCGCGCCGGGCACAAGGCGAAUUCGUCGUCUUCGUCCGCGUCACGCGCAACACUCACCACCGAAUCAUCUGCCGCCGCCGGCCAAGCAUACCCUUCCGAGACGAACGGCGUGCGCAUCCAGCGCCUCAAAUCCAAGCUCGGCACCAAGGGCGUCCCUACCGCGGAGCUGGAACUCAAAUCCAUGCGCGCCUACCUCGUCGGCCAGGAAGGCCAGGGAGUCAAGGAGAUCUCCUCCAUUCUGAACAUCACGCGCCUGCACACCGCCAGUGGCGCGGCCGGCGGGUGGGCCCGCGGCCUCGCCGUGUCCCGCUCGUACACGCAGGUGCGCAAGAUCCGCGACGGCCAGCUCCUCUGCGACAACGCGCAGCACCUCGCCUGGAUGGCGGGCGAGACCGUCAAGUACCGCGCGAGCGUGCACCUCGUCUUCUUGGCCGUGGCUCUCCUCGGCGCCACAGAGCAGGACUACGGCACCAUCACCCGCGGCACGCUCGGCGCAGCCACCCUGAUCCCCCGGACGAGGGCUGGGCAAGGAAAUCUCCUCCGCCUGUUGACGCCCGUGAUGAAGGCGCAGGUCUCGCUGAACAGCGUGCUGGGGCUGCGCGAGUGCAUGGAGUCCCUGGGCGGGGUCGGCUACUGCGAGAACAACGAGGACGGCGGCAUCAUGAACAUUGCCCGCCUGUUCCGCGACAGCGCCGUCAAUCCGAUCUGGGAGGGCACCACGAGCGUCAUGGCCGAGGACGUCGCGCGGGUGCUCAAGAACCCCAAGGCCCGGGGUCGGAACGUGCUGGACGAGACCCUGGGCGCGUGGACGCGGGAUGUGCUGCGCGCGGUUGAGGGCCAAGGGACGUUCUCGCGCGAGCUAGACAUGGUGCGGAACCGGUAUGCCGUGCUGGAGCAGACGGUUCGGACUUCCGACUCGGCUGCUCUGCAACGAAGUGGCAGAGACGUCCUGCGUCAUAUCGAGGCCGUCACGUGCGCUUGUCUGCUCAUGUUUGACGCCGUCGUAGAUGGAGACGCCGUUGCCGUCGAGAUUGCUCGGCGAUGGGUCAGAAUGAACGCCGUGCCCAGCGACAAGGUGAAGCUCCAGGAGGAACAAGGGCCUGGUGACCUCACGACCGAGGUUGACAUGGACAGGCGCAUUUUUCUGGGCGCAGCAGCAAUGUCAAGCCCACUGCCCGCGACGAGACAAGCGAGGCUUUGA